UGUGGCCAUUGGGGGGGCAGCGGUGGUGAAGGCUGAGCGCUGACCUAAGGAGCUCAAGGAGAGCAAGGCUGAGUGAGGCUGCAAUAAACCACGGCAGUCACCGUGCCUUGGCGCGGGGAGGGUGAGGGAUGCUCCCCCGGUGAAGGCAGCCGCUGUGUUAGCAGAAGUCUCGCUAGCCACUGGCUUAAUAACCUGCUGCCUCCGUGCCCAGGGCAGCUCCGUGCUGUAUCAUCGCGGCUCUGCGCUGCCGGCUGCUCCCCGGCCGUGCAGGGCUGGGGAGGACGGGCACUGCUGGCUCCAGCCCGGUGUUUGGUAGUUCAGGUGGGUCGCUGAUAGCGAUUUACAGUAAAAACUUGCCUUCAGGUUUGAAGAGAGGCUCAGGAAUACAGGGGUUGUCCAUUGACAGCGUAGCCGUGCUGGGAGCAGGAGUUGUGUUUUCUCAUCUUUGGGGAUCCAAAUGUCAGUGGCUAGGAGCUCACCAGGUGUGCGAGUAGCUCGAAAUACCACGUGUAUUUAUCCGUAUAAAUGCACUGCUAGCUUUGUAUAGUUCCUGUCAACUUAAUAUUGAUCUUGAAACCUGUAAUACCUACAGAGGUUAAACAGUUUGUGUAGAUGUUGAACAGUUGGGGUUGUAAUUUUGCUACCAAGCUGUCCAUUAAAGACCAGUUGUACAAGUAAACCCGUCAGUUCAUUUCUUGGAGAAAACUAGCUGAAAAGCAUUCGGAGCAGCUCCAAGUGGUACGUGCCUCUUGACUUUUAACUGCUAGGUACGUUUCUCCUCCUUGGUGUAGCUGUGUAUGAUGGUACAAACGCUAUGACUUUCUCCAGGUGCAGCGUGUAGCCUGUGGCCAUGACUGAGUGUGAUUGAUGUCCGUGGUCCCAGCAGUGAAAACGCUUCCCAGUGCUGCUGGCAUCCCCCGGGUCCGUCCCAGACGUGUGCGUGUCGGUUCGCAGAUGCAGACGUUCAGCUGCCUCUCGUUUGCUUUCUCUGAAUCUCAGCUUGCAAAAUGGUUGCACGUUAGUAGCUCUGUUCCUGGGAGAAGCCCUGCUGAAGUUAAUGGGACUACCUGUUGCAGUAAUGUUGCUAGUAAAUAGCCUUGUAAUCCUCUGAGUCAUAAAAUAUUAAAUAAGAGUGAGCGUUUUAUGAAUGCAGGUAUCCAAUUUGGUGCAUGUACUAUAAAACGAUGACUUGGGUGCUUUUCUUCGAAGGUACUUGCCUGUCAUUGCUAAUUUCUAGCUCUGGAUGUGCUUGGUGCAGGGCUACGACAGCUCCGAUGACCCUGGUAACGCUGCUUGUCUUCUCCCCACUCGCAGAAAAAGCUUGAUGAAAGCACGGCUGUAGGUUGACACGAUCGAUGCGCUCCUGCUCUCACCAAAGAGCGAUGCUCUUAAAUGGUGUCAGCAGUUUGUCCGGCUGAGGUUCAUCCCACACGAGUACUCCUGGCGGUUAUUAAAGGCAGGCUGUCCUGGGCUGCAUCCAUGUGUCGCCUGCUUGUUGCGGUGGGGAUGAUGUUUCUGCCUGGUGGCUGUGUGCUGUGUGACCCGGACCAGCGCUGGCUGGGGGCCGCCGGUCCUGGGGUGAAGAUGGAGUGAGUGUCUGCCCGCCCACACCCGUGCAUCGCCACGUUUCGUUCAGGAGGAAUUUGGAGCAUUGUUGAAAGGCAAAUUGUGAAUUCCCCACCCUUGUUGUGAUGUGGUUUGCUUGUCCUUAUCUCAGGUGGUACCCGAACAGCGCUAUUUUUGCCUGUGAAGUUGUCUGGAAAUGCAGAGCUCCCAGGCUGGCGUGGGGAGCAGCGGGUAGCUGUGGUCACGUUCAGGCAUUUUAGGAUGGCCUCCUUGUGUCAUCGUUUGUGCUGCGUGUUUUGCUCCACGGUGAGCUUUGCCAGGUGGGUCUGUGCAUGCCUGGCGAUUCUCGAUCCUUACAGAAAGGUCGGUGAGACUUCUCAUUGCCACUUCUGUGUUGAGGGCUGGGUUUGUUUCAGCUAAUUGCUCUCGUAACUUACUUGCUGUGGUGCUACGUAGCAAUACUGUGAUCAAAGAUCAAUUCAUGAUCAGAAAGUUGCCGUCAUACAGGCAAUUGAAUCUGUUUCUUUCACUGAACAGUCAUUGAUGGGAAAAAAAAAGUCUUGAUUCAUCUGUACUUGGGACUCAGUGAAGUUCCUGGACGGCUGAAUUAUUUCAUCUUCAAGUGAAUGUUUUUCUUGAAAAUGAGAUACCUAGGCUGGUCUCUCCUAUGAUUUUAAUGCAUCUGUACGCUAUACUGAUGUACAUGACCAGGGGAACAGCUAUAAGUACGCGUUCCUUAAAGGAGGGGAAAAAAACCCAAACCAGAAACUGGAAUGUGAAGGGUCUGGGCUAUUGAUAAAAGCUAAUGAGCUGUACUCGAGUGACAAUUCAAAAUAGAGAAAACCUGAACGACUUCAAAAAAAUAAUUACAGACAUUGGCAAAAGAGCUCGCAUUCCAGGUUUAUCUACUGGUGGGGGUGUGUGAUUUAGUAUACUUUCUUGAGGCAUGCUCCAUCGCUAAUUUGUAAAAAUAGGAUCCUGGUAUGACUUGUUCUGUACCUUAAUUCCUUAGUCUUCUGUUGUCUGACCUCAUGAUUUUCAUGCAGUGGUUUUGUGUUUUCUUCUCUUGAUAUACCUCAGGUGUAGCUGAGGCUGUGCCCGUGCUGCUGCCCCCCAGGCCUGGCCUGUGGAGACCGCUGUGGGCAGGGCAGCGGAGCCCAGAGCAGGUCGCGCCGCGUUGUUCUGUGGAGGAUGGCAGAACUUGCCUCGUUUUCUAGGAGUGAGAAGGGCAACGGUUGGGAAUUAACCGUGAACCGUUCAUUUGUUGAGAAUGUAGGGCCCUGUCUCAGCUAAAUCCUCCAGCUGCUUUUAGCUGUGUCCGUGCGCUGAAGUUUGCUGGUACCGGGGAUGGGAGCAGAAGCCUUGGUAGCUGUGUUGUCUUUAAGAUGUAAAAAUAAACAAAACUGCAAAGCUGCACCCUACUUAAAACAGGCUGACCUAAAUUUUCAGCAGUUCUAGCAGAGACGUAGAUUCUGGGUAGGGAAUUUAGGCUUACUGACAGCUGGCUUCUCUACCGGCGUGUCCCUUGGCGUGGUCAGCAGGCCACCUUUGGAAAGCCUCCGCUGGUGCCUGGGCUCAUUCAUGGCCCCUGCCUCGAGCUGCAGGAGCCGGGCUGUGGAUUUUUCUUGCCGUGCUUGUGUGGAGAGAGUCCCCUUGUUAUGCAAGUCAGCGGUUCAGCAUCUUCUGGGAAGUUACAGCGUGAACAACUUCUCAAAUUACUUUCGUUGGAGCGUAGUUAAAAGGAUGUUUGAUGUCCUCUUGCUCGUCCCUAAAGAGAUUUCUUUCGAGAGCGUGUGUCUGUGCAGUCCAUUCGUGCGCUUUCUUUGUAGAUUAAUGUUCUUGCUAUCAAUUGCAGUUCUCAACUAUUGAAUUAUUAAUUCUGCAGUGAGAAUUUUUUUUCUUGCUGUUCAUUCUUUCACGCAUGAUUUAUUCUUCUGCACAGUUUGAAACUGGAGCAUGGGAAUUUUCACUGGCGUUCAUGGAUCACGUGCAUGACCCCAACGGCAAAUAAACAAACAUUUUUAAUUGGGAAAAGGACACUUGUCUUUCAAAGUGCUCAGUUUUCCAGGUGAAAAGUAGUCCGUUUGUAAAUGUAAAUUAUCCUCAGAGGCACGUUGCGUGUUGUUUAACAAAUCUGGGAUGGUCAGAACAGCCAGCAGAGUGGCUUUCCGUGUGCUCUGGAGGCAGUCCUGUGCUAGUGUGGAGGGAGACGCAGGGAAAAGCUUGUUUGCAGAUUCUGCUUCUAAUGUGGCUUUGUAGCUGAAUGCUCUCCUGGCAGAGAGCCUGCCUUUGAUUAGAAAGCAUUCCCCUUGGUUGUUCUUGUAGAUACUUAGUCUGCCAUGUUUUGUUGUUUGUUUUGUGUUUUUGUGUGUGCUUUCUCCUGCAGGGAGAUAAUAGGAGGUGAGCUGCAUAUCCUUUCGACAACCUUCUGUUAAACUUGGAGUACCACGGCUCAAGCAAUUGAACAGAUGGAUAAUGGAGACUGGGGAUAUAUGAUGACUGAUCCAGUCACGCUAAAUGUGGGUGGACACAUGUAUACGACAUCCCUCACCACUCUAACGAGAUAUCCUGACUCGAUGCUUGGGGCCAUGUUCAGGGGAGACUUCCCCACCGCCAGGGACUCUCAGGGCAAUUACUUCAUUGACAGGGAUGGACCACUUUUCCGUUACGUUCUUAACUUUUUAAGGACCUCAGAGCUAACUUUGCCACUGGACUUCAAGGAGUUUGACCUGCUUCGGAAGGAGGCGGACUUCUAUCAGAUCGAACCGCUCAUUCAGUGUCUCAAUGACCCCAAGCCUCUGUAUCCUGUGGAUACCUUCGAGGAGGUGGUGGAGCUGUCCAGCACCCGCAAGCUGUCCAAGUACUCCAACCCGGUGGCUGUAAUCAUCACGCAGCUCACUAUCACCACAAAAGUCCAUUCCUUACUGGAGGGCAUUUCAAACCACUUCACCAAGUGGAAUAAGCAUAUGAUGGACACCAGGGACUGCCAGGUUUCCUUCACUUUUGGGCCUUGUGACUACCACCAAGAAGUGUCGCUCCGAGUCCAUCUGAUGGAGUACAUCACAAAGCAAGGCUUCACGAUCAGGAAUACCAGAGUUCAUCAUAUGAGCGAGCGUGCCAAUGAAAACACAGUGGAGCAUAACUGGACUUUCUGUAGACUGGCACGGAAAACAGAUGACUGAUUCUGACUCCGCAGGAGCCAUUUCAGUGAUUAGCAACUUAAUUGAACAGUAAACCCAAGAGAGCCUGGAUUUUGACUAAAGCAACAAUGUGGUCUUUUUUUAUACGAGUAUUUAUUGUUUAUCAUUAAGGACUGGAGGAGUUUCAUUCUCUAGCAGCUCUGUCCUUUUGUCCUGUCCAGAAAAAAAAAUGCAUGUGCCUGUUCAGUCAAGACACCUUUUUGUUUGAAAGAGGGAGUCUGAAGAAUUAGUACAAUAGGGUAUUUUGUGUCAUUAACACAAUUCUCUGACGCAACUUAAAGUGCUAAAAUUACCUCUGUUUAAACGGUUUCUAAUCCAUCUAAUGCUACACCACUGGGAGCAAGAAACAAACAGAAUUUAAGAGGCAGAUGGGGAAAAGCUGCUAUCAUGUAGACUAAUUUAGUUUUUAAAUCAAUAAACAGUAUUGUAAUAUUCUGCAAAAACAAAUCCCACCCUUUAAAAGUACUUGAUAAGUACAGUUUCUUACAGUUAUGACAACUGUUUCUUUCUAUGCAUAUAAAUCAAGCAACCAAAUAUUAUCUGUAGCCAUGGAAAUAUGAUUAGAAAUAUUUAUAUUGGAUUCUGAGUGCAAAAUGUCCCUGUGGUAGAAUUCUUAUUUUUAAUGCCUGGUGCAAUAUUACUCCCAAGUGUAAUGCCUGCCAGUAAGAAGCUAAUAAAAAUGUGAAAUACAGAAUACUAUUUUGUAUUUUGUUUGUCUUCUAGAACUCUAGUGCUUUAUAAAACCACCAAAGCAUGUUAUUUGGUGCUUCAGAGUAGCGCAGAUGCUCUGGUAGGGCUCCGUUCUCCUCCAUUACUGACAUACUUUCUUCCUUUUUAUCUUAAUCAGUUGAUCCAGCUGUCCUCAUUACAGAAAAAAAAUCUUAUGUUUGGAAAACUAUGCGCUUUGACCAACAGAAAGAUUGCAAGUAUUCGUACGGACUACAGGGAUGGGGAUAGAGGGAACACAGAGACUAAAUACUUGCAGCUACUAGCCAGUGUUACCCAAUUUCAGUGAUUUAUCUAAUAGUUGUGGAUGUCAUAUAUACAUGAUUCUGUAUUUUAACUGAAGUACUGUUUCUGAUGCUGUUUGAUUCAAGGCAGUCAGUUUCUGUGUUCUUUCGUAAUUUCAUGUAGUCAUUUCUGCUUCUCUUGGGCACUUUGUCACCAUUAUUUGUAGAAUUUCUGGUUACGCUCUAACUUGAAUGCUGUUGGGAGUAGAGUUGAUGUUUGUUUUGACUGAAUGGAUCACGUUCUCCUGUGACAUUCUUGUCACAAGUGUUUAUUACCACGACUGCUUUGAUUUCUGGGCUGUGUGGACCAUAGCUCUUUGGGGACCUAAAAUGGGGGUCUGGAGUUUUGUGGCUGUUGCUGGCUCGUGAAGCCUGGAACCUUGCAUCCCAGCUCUCAAUCAGGUUUGUCUCAGUGUGUAUUCCUCUGUCAUGUUUUGUCUUCCCUCUUCAUACGUUGUAGGGAUUUUGACUUUUGUAGCAAGUGACAGUAAGAGCUUCAUUCUUCCAGAGGUGGAAAAGAAAA